CCACUGUCGAUCUUCCAGGACCACCCCCGUCGCAGGCUCAGAUCGCCGAUCGCGCGAUCCGAUCGCCCCUCCUGGAUCCUCCAAACAAUGCAGGUGGGCCUGUCUGGCAGUCGAUACUGGACCCUUGGAUCUGACUUGGUCGCCUUCCAAGGACAUCUUUCCAGCAGCUUAGCCACCCCCUCUCCAGUGGUGGUAGUAGAUGAUCUAUUCCCUUUAUCUUCUCGCGCGAGACAUCCGCCAAGCUGGCUGCCCUCCCCUCCAGUCAUGGGGACGGCACCCGAGGCGCUGACUACCCCACAGCCGUUGGACUCGCGUCGUCCUGCGGCCCCAACUCUGCCUAGCUUUGAGCUUCCUCCACCUAAUUUUCACACAAACGUCAAGUACGCCCAUCACACCAUCCCUCCGCCUAUUAAGUCCAGCGUCAGCAAUAUUCCUACUCCGCCAGCCAUCACGCAGUCUACGACCUCGCCCACGGCGACCACUACCGCAUCCGCGAACUUGAAGUUGGCUCCGUACUGGCAAGGCCAGAACUCAUACCAGAGUGGCUCAGGGGCAGCAGCAGCAUGUCAGUCGCAGAACUCGAAUGUGGCUUCUUAUUCGAGCCGAGACGCUUUCUCCCCAUUGGUGAGUCCUCCGAAUCGCAAUCCUGCCACGUCGACACCGAGUAUGGAGCACAUCUCCCAGUCAUACGAGAUAACUCACCUGUCCCCGUUCCACCACUCUACUCCUAUCUCAGCUGCUUCAGUUCAGUGGGGCGCUCUUCAGCAACAGCAGCAUGCGAUGGUGCAUGCCACGUUGCCAGCACCCAACCCAUUGCCAGAUCCCGCCUCUUCACCGCACGCCCUUCCUUCGAACGAUCCCUACAUGGUCAAAUCCUCGUCUGCCGCCGCCUAUGGUACUGCCCAGCAAAGUCCCAACCCACCAGGCGCCUAUUCAUCAUACGGACAAUCAAGCAUUGUCCCGAACCGGGUAGCAUCGAAUUUGCAACCAUCGCAUCAUCUGAACUAUCGACAGCAGCCAUGGCCAUCGUAUACACUUCCGGCGAUGAACGGACCCAUUUGUACUAACACACAAAGUCCGAACUGGCAGAUGUCACUCACUGGGAAUGGGAACCUGCAGUCUGGGGCGCUGCCUGAGCUGCCAGUGUACAACAGUGAGCACGUGGUUGAUAUGCCGCACAUGCAGCAGCUAUACAGAGGCCACCCGCCACAUCCGAGUCACGGCGCACCAGGUCCGACCAACGAUCGACCGUUCAAUUGUGACAAGUGUCCGCAGGGUUUCCACCGCAAUUAUGAUUUGAAGCGACAUAAGCGCAUCCACCUGUCAGUGAAGCCAUUCCCGUGCACACACUGUGGCAAGAGCUUUUCGCGGAAGGAUGGGCUGAAGCGACAUAUACUUCUCAAAGGUUGUGGGAAAGACGGCUCGGAUGGCACACUGAAGCCGAGAGAGCACGGCGGGAUAAAAGAAGAGGAUCAGAGUGAUGAAACAAAUGCGCACCACUGAGAUCAGGAUUGGCGUUUAUCGCAUGUGCAGGAGUUGAUGGAGGGUCGAUAGUGUAUCUGAUUAACCGGCUUCUCUCCAACAGCGAGUUUGUAUCGACUAUGAUUUAUAUUGAAGCAGGCGGGCAAGCUGGGACCGCAUUGUUGAUUGUUUGCUCGUUACGGAGACAUCAGCGUUGAGCAGCUUGGUUUAUGUAUAUGUAUGUGAUCAGUAAUGACGCAAAUUAGCGCUCUAGAGUCCAGCAUGAAGGAACAGAAGCAGUGAAGUGAGGAUAUCGAGGGGGCCGUGGACCAAAUCCACCGGUCCCUCUAUGGUAGCGGCACCAAAAGUGGCGUGACGCGCGGCAAAGGCACUAGAUCUUGACAAAGACAAAAUUUGCUGGCGCUGCGAAAUCGGGUAUCUAAUGGCGGGUCUGUUCUUGUCUCUGAUCCUAAGUUGACAUGGGGAACGCUUCCAGGACCAGGAUAUGACCGGGAAGAUUGGAUGGGAAGUGUAUCGAGCUGUCUUUAAGGAAAAGUAUGGAAUUAGAAAACCGAUUUCCUGUGAGCUGGGC